AUGGCGACAGCAAAAACAGACGGAACUUACUCUUUUCUGACGGGUAGUACAGUGGAAGGUCAAACAUAUGCGCGUCAUUUGGCUAAUCAAAAUAUUCAAGAUAUUGAUAUUCUGAUCCAUAAAGGUACAAUACAAUCAGAAGAAAGUCUAAUUUCGACGUCAGUUCCCGGUUUUCUCCAAAUAAAGCGUACGCCAGAUGUGGAAGCCAGUGGUAGUACAAAGUUUACAUGGGAAAGUAAUUCCAGUAGUAUCAGUUGUCUCAAUGGGUUCCAUCUCAAAACCGAACAUUGCACAACUGAAACAUCGUUUGGUGCACCACUAGCACAAGUAACAAUGAGAGGUGAUACGUCACGCGAUGCAUCAGGCGCUUCUGCUGAGCAAACACUUAAUUACCGCACAAUCGAACUCGACAAACAGUUCCAAGAAGCUUUAUUAAAUACAGCAAAACAACAUGAUUUACUAAAUUUUGAUACGAUAAAAGUAAACUAUGUAUUGUUUUGCCGUGGUGUAUCCAAUGCGAUAUCUCAGUAUGCUUUACCAUUAUUUUGCACACCACAUCAUAAAGAAAUGUUUGAUGAGCAGAAUAUAAAUGUGCAAACAUUUCGAGAUUUAUUCACGUUGAUCGGACCAGCUUAUGACUAUGAUUUGCCGCAGGUAACUCGAGUGCGAAUUACGGCUCUACUUGAUUUUUAUGCUAAAUACGAACAUGUUGGAAAUCCAAAGAAUAUCAUCGAUAUGGCAGACUAUUACAAAUCAUGCGCGCCAGUAAACGCUGACUUUGUUUCCGCUCUACAACUGAAAUUUUGGCCUCGUGACAUUCAGCCGUUUCUUAAUCGAAUAAGAAUAAACCGUCCACGGAUACACCAGAUGAUAAUGACUAAAACAUCGAUGCAUGUUAUUUCAAAAUGGUCAACGAAAACACCGUCAUGUGAUCGAGAACUCGAAUUUCGUUAUUCUUUCUCAGCAGUUGAGCUCCUUCUUGCCCAACAAAGGUCUAAUAAUGAACAAGUUUUAAACGGAAUUGCACGAAGUAUUUAUUUUAAACAUUUGAAAGGCAAGCAAAACGUUAUACCGUCAUAUUUUAUUAAAACAACAAUAUUGUGGAUGUGCGAAACGAUGGAGUUGAAUGAGGAUUCUCCACUGACUCUCGGUCACAAAUGGCUGCAAUAUGCUGGAGAACUGCUGAGAAGGCAUGAAUGUCCUCACUAUUUCAUUGCUAAUCUUAAUAUACUUGAGCCAUAUUCACAUGAACUAUUAGACAGAGCAAGGAAAAUCCUUCAAAAUGACGUCAAAUUUGAUAAGCAGUUAGAAAUCGACAUAUUUACAGCCUCAGGUCAAAAACAAUAUCGAGAUAAAUAUAAUCGAAACAUUGCAUAUUUUCUCAGUAAUCUAAAAGCGUCUGAUCUCAAGAAUGCUCUCCGCGAAUAUCGUCAAUUCAAACAUAGUUGGCUUAGUCUAUCAGAUUCAAAUCAUCUCAUAAUAGACGAUGAUGAAGUAGAUAUCGGCGAAACCAUGAGUAUUUUAAAUAUUUUGCGCGCGUUGGAUGGACAAGAAAAUGAGAAUUGGCAAACAUUUCGCGAAAUAUUCUUAAAUCGAAAGGCUUCUCAACCUCCCAUAUGGGGUGAAACAGUAAAUAAAGACAAUGCAUUUGGUUUUGCUGAAUCUCUGAUGAGUAUGAGUAUCAUUCUAACAAUGAUGAACGACCACAUUACAAGCUCAAAUUUCCUGGCCCAAGGCGCCGUGCGUAAUCCACAAGACUUUGAGAAUUAUCUAAACGUAAUUCACAGCUAUCUGGAUCCAAAAAAUCUCUCCACUAGUUUCCAAUCAACAUACGCCUAUUUCUAUGAUCAACAGGUAUCUGCAUUUGAACAUAGACGUUUGAUAGAUAAUCAUCCACUUGGACCACCGAUGACAAGUACAAACAACGAGCAAAAAGGUUUUUAUGCAAUGCUGAUGGAGUUGUGUGAAAAUGCUCCCAAUGAGAAUAUGACACUGAGAGAAUUAUACCAGUGGAAAAUACAGAAUAAUAUAGACGAUGAUGAGAUGCUGGCAAUUGCAAUUCAAAUGUCUCUAGAUGAAGCGAACAAAAAACAAUGA